ACUGGGUUGGGGCCAGAGCGAGUGUUCGAACUCAGCUGAGCACGCGGGAACAGCGUGCAACCAGAUUCGAAAGAGCAAGAGAAACCGCAGAGAUGACUCAGGAUGGGAAGGCCAAGUCGGGCAAGAAGGGCAAGCCUGAUUUGGACGACCUCAAGCAAGAGGUCCAGAUGGACGAUCACAGCAUUCCACUCUCAGAACUCUACCAGCGACUGCACACGAAUCCAGAACGGGGCCUAACGUCGAGCAAGGCGAGCGAGGUCCUGGCCCGGGACGGCCCCAACGCCCUGACGCCCCCCAAGAAGACCCCGGAAUGGGUCAAGUUCUGCAAGAACCUCUUCGGCGGCUUCGCGCUGCUGCUGUGGAUCGGAGCCGCGCUCUGCUUCAUCGCCUACUCCAUACAGGCCUCCACCUUCGAAGAGGCACCCGACGACAACUUGUACCUGGGCGUGGUGCUUUCGGUUGUGGUGAUCGUCACCGGAGUCUUCUCCUACUACCAGGAGGCGAAGAGUUCCAAGAUCAUGGAGUCGUUCAAGAACAUGGUGCCGCAGUACGCCAUCGUGAUGCGGGACGGGCAGAAGCUGACCCUCUCUGCCGAGGAGGUGGUGGUGGGCGACCUGGUGGAGGUGAAGGGCGGCGACCGCAUCCCGGCCGACAUGCGCGUCAUCCAUGCGCAGAGCUGCAAGGUGGACAACUCCUCGCUCACCGGAGAGUCCGAGCCGCAGACGCGCACGCCAGAGUUCACCAACGCCAACCCGCUCGAGACCCGGAACUUGGCCUUCUUCUCCACCAACUGCGUCGAGGGCACUGCCCGUGGCAUCGUCGUGAACACGGGCGACCGCACCGUGAUGGGCCGCAUCGCCAACCUGGCCUCGGGGCUGGAGAUGGGCGAGACGCCGAUCGCCCGCGAGAUCGAGCACUUCAUCCACCUGAUCACGGGCGUGGCCGUCUUCCUGGGGCUCGCCUUCUUCAUCAUCGCCUUCAUCCUCGGAUACUACUGGCUCGACGCCGUCAUCUUCCUCAUCGGCAUCAUCGUCGCCAACGUGCCAGAGGGACUCCUCGCCACCGUCACGGUGUGCCUGACCCUGACUGCGAAGCGCAUGGCGUCCAAGAACUGUCUGGUCAAGAAUUUGGAGGCUGUGGAGACGCUUGGCUCGACCUCUACCAUCUGCUCCGACAAGACUGGGACACUGACGCAGAACCGGAUGACGGUGGCCCACAUGUGGUUCGACAACCAGAUCAUCGAGGCCGACACCACCGAAGACCAGUCCGGUGUACAGUAUGACAAGACGUCUCCCGGCUGGGCCGCCCUUUCCCGCGCAGCCUGUCUCUGCAGCAGGGCCGAGUUCAAACCCGGACAGGACAACAUUCACAUACUCAAGCGUGACUGCACGGGUGACGCGUCCGAGUCCGCCAUCUUGAAAUGCAUGGAACUGGCAGUGGGUGACGUGGCCGGAUACAGAAGGAAGAACGCCAAAGUGUGCGAGAUUCCCUUCAACUCCACCAACAAGUACCACGUGACAAUCCACGAGACCCACGAGCAGAAGAACCCGAGCUACCUGCUGUGCAUGAAGGGAGCGCCCGAGAGGAUCCUGGAGCGCUGUUCCACCAUCUUCAUUUCUGGCAAGGACAAGAUCCUGGACGAGGAGAUGAAGGACGCCUUCAACAACGCCUACCUCGAGCUGGGAGGUCUGGGAGAAAGGGUCAUCGGCUUCUGCGACAUGCAGCUUCCGAGCGACAAGUUCCCCCACGGCUACCCGUUCGACGCCGACGAGCAAAACUUCCCCCUGGACAACCUGCGCUUCGUGGGGCUCGUGGCCAUGAUCGACCCUCCCAGGGCGGCCGUGCCAGACGCGGUAGCCAAGUGCCGCAGCGCAGGGAUCAAGGUGAUCAUGGUGACUGGCGACCACCCCAUCACCGCCGCCGCCAUCGCCAAGUCCGUGGGCAUCAUCUCCGAGGGCAACGAGACCGUCGAAGACAUCGCCAUGAGGUUGGACAUCCCCAUCGAAGAGGUAGACCCCAGGGACGCCAAGGCGUGCGUGGUGCACGGUGGUCAGCUGCGCGAGAUGUCGAGCGAGGAGCUGGACUGCCUGCUGCGCGAACACACGGAAAUCGUGUUCGCGCGCACCUCCCCCCAGCAGAAGCUCAUCAUCGUGGAGGGCUGCCAGCGGCAGGGAGCCAUCGUCGCCGUCACCGGCGACGGCGUCAACGACUCGCCCGCGCUCAAGAAGGCCGACAUCGGCGUGGCCAUGGGUAUUGCCGGAAGUGACGUCAGCAAACAGGCAGCGGAUAUGAUCCUCUUGGACGACAACUUCGCUUCCAUCGUAACGGGCGUCGAGGAAGGUCGUCUGAUCUUCGACAACCUGAAGAAGUCCAUCGCCUACACCCUGACGAGUAACAUCCCCGAGAUCACGCCCUUCCUCGUCUUCAUCCUGGCCGACGUGCCCUUGCCCCUGGGCACAGUCACCAUCCUCUGCAUCGACCUGGGCACGGACAUGGUUCCCGCCAUUUCUCUGGCCUAUGAAGCUGCGGAGAGCGACAUCAUGAAGAGGCAGCCCAGGAACCCGAAGAAAGACAAACUCGUCAACGAGAGGCUGAUCUCGAUAGCGUACGGCCAGAUCGGGUUCAUGCAGGCCGCAGCGGGCUUCUUCGUGUACUUCGUGAUCAUGGCAGAGAACGGGUUCAUGCCCUCGAGGCUGCUGGGACUCCGCAGCGAGUGGGACUCCAAAUCCGUCAACGAUCUCAAGGACUCCUUCGGACAGGAAUGGACGUACUUCAACCGCAAGACCCUGGAGUACACGUGCCACACGGCCUUCUUCGUGUCCAUCGUCAUCGUGCAGUGGGCCGAUCUCAUCAUCUGCAAGACCAGGAGGAACUCCAUCGUGCACCAGGGCAUGAGGAACCACAUCCUCAACUUCGGGCUGGUGUUCGAGACCGCCCUGGCUGCCCUCCUCUCCUACACCCCGGGCAUGGACAAGGGACUGCGCAUGUUCCCGCUCAAGUUCAACUGGUGGCUGCCGGCCCUCCCCUUCUCGCUGCUGAUCUUCAUCUACGACGAGAUCCGGCGUCUGAUCAUCCGGAGGAAUCCGGGAGGCUGGGUGGAGAGCGAGACCUACUACUGAGCCUCUCCUCACCCCUCUCAUCGUCUCUCCUGUUUCUCUGUCCGACAUUUCGCAUGAACAUGGAUCGGCAAUCCAGACACAUCCAGCUCAUCCAAAAACAAUUCAUGAACUGACAGAUCGGGUGCACUUCACCGAACAGACAUCUUUCCCUGCUGCUAACACAUCUCCUGGAAGAGUCGGUCACAUUUACAAAGAAAAAAAAAAUCGGAAUGCCUCCCCUAGCUAUCAUCAGAAGUAUCAUAGAACAUCACUGCCAACUGCUAAACCUUUUCGUACCAAAAGAGAACGCAGACAUCCCAGAAAGCAAAAAGUUCUGCCCCAGUAUUGCAUAAAGGUUGAAAUAUCAGCAAAGCACAUCUUGCAUAAAUGCUGCCACAGUAUUGCUCUGUAACUGCUGUCAGCAGACAGACUACCACAAUAUUAGCUGUCAAAGUGUAUGCAGCAAAAUGUCAUGAAAAUAACAAGGUAGGCUUCGUUUGCAAAGCUACCAUCCGGCUGCAAGGCUGCAAUAUUGUCAUGACAAUAUGAAAUCAGUCUCUAAGCAAGAUUAAAGUCCCCAUAUGAAAACGCUAGUUCAACUGAUUUUUUUGGUGCUGACAACAUGUAUGCAAUGUUGAUAUUGCAGCACGAAAUCAAUAUUGAGAUUUUAAGAGUGUUACAUACUUGUUAUUGCAAUACUGUUUCUAUCUUUAUGCAACCUUUAUGCAGCAUAAAAUACGCUCAUAUUAACUUCGUCAAUAUAAUAUCAAGAUCUGGAAAAGUUGAUGCAAGAAAUUUUGCUUUUAGGGAUCGAUCAGUGUCUUCGAGUGGUAAUUAUUUUCUAAUAAUUUUCAAGAUUACUUUUUAACCGAAUUUAUUCUUUAGAAAAAGUGUCAUCAAAAGCCCUGGGUCAUCUGGAAAUGUUCAUUAAAGUUGACUUCUUUGAGUAAAACCCAACAUCGAUGAAAUACAAGCAAAGAAUGUGUUGUUUUCAACUAUUCCUGCUUAGACCUUCAGGCCUUUUCAAUGGGCAGAGAAGUGCUUGUGAUUUCUCCCGAUUCUUCUCAGGAGGUCAAAGCAGCCGUCCAUCGGAACAGCAAGAAAAAUGUGUUACCCAAUCACGUGCCUUAUGAGUUUGGCGGGAAAUGAAUCGAAAAUAGAUCUGCUGCAAAGAAAUAUAUAAAGCGCAUAACUUAGGCUUGGUUUUGAACUGCAUUUUAGACAGCCAAAUGUUGACGCCAUGCUAAACUCACUCCCGGAUUGCCGACUCACAGUAUCUUCUAGACGCUCUAGACGCAGAAUGGAAUCUUAUUUAUUAAAUUAUCUAGAAACAAGUGGUUCGAAUGCUCGAAGCUGGCGCGAAACGGGGACAGAUAUCCUCACGUGAGGGACAUCAUUUAAAGGAAGAUAUAUAGAUCGUAUCUUCCAAAAUCGAAAGAAAGACAGUUUGUCGACAACACGGAAGGGGUCGAGGAAGCUGACCGAGUGUCGCGAUCACACUCAGUAGGUCCUCACCGAAAAAAAAAGGGAAGAUGCACAACCCAUAUUGGAUAGCAAUCCACCGGGCGGCAUAUGAACAAACUUUACUCUGCUAGAGACCAUGUAAAAAUUUGGAGACUGCUAAUUGGCUACCGUGUGAAAAACAUCUUCUGUCUUCUGUACAGCUUGUUUUGCACGCUCUAAUUGUUGCUUCAUUUCGAAACAAAACAUGUCUUCCAGACAUUAUGAAAAGAGAGGUCAAGAAUUUUAAACAUUCAAACGUGAAUUUAUAACUUCCGAGGAACGAAAUUAGUUCAUUAAGUUGGAUGUUGAAAAAAACAUGGCUGACACAUUUGCGGCGAAUGGCCAAUCAGGAGUCCCAAUACUAUUAUAAGGUCUCUAACUGAGUAAAGGUUGUUUAUAUGCCACCGGGUGAGAUAUUUUUACACAUGUAAUUUCACUUUAUUCCCAGAAAUUUUAACUUUGGAUUUUAUUUGUGACAUAUUCGAAUAUAAGGAACCAUUAUGCACAUUUUUAGUAACUUGAUAAGAAAAAGCACUUGAAAAGUAAUGAUUUGUACGUGUUGCGUGUGUGACUGCACGCAACACGUACAACACGUACUAAGAUUUUUUUUUAAUACAUGACAACAUUUUAGAAAGUCGUCAUAGAAUGAUACGUAAUGGUUCCUUGUACUCUAAUAGAUCAUACGUGAGAUCAUACGUAAAAGCAAAAGUUUAAAAUUGCAGGAAUAAAGCGCAAAUAUGUGAGCAAAUAAAUUGAGCUAAGAAUGAAUCUCGACGACUAUUGGCAACGACGUGAUUGCAGAGGUCUUCGGUUUGGGCAACCACAAUGAGGUUAUCCACCAAUUUUUCGAAUUCGUGCUGCCUUCCAAGCGACUGGAUCGGCAAAACUUCUCCAAGAUCACUUCCUCCAUUUCUUCCCUCUUGUCGACACUCAGAUCAGGUUUUACCUGGGAUCUCCCCCCCCCCUCCCAUGAGUUUAUUUCUGCCUCAGUGUUCGUGCCAGCGACCAACUGCAAGAACUGUGCCGGUGUAAGCAAAUGUUGCUCAGGAAUCAACAAAUAGCCCCUGUGCCUAUGAAAGUGCCUUUCCCUCGGAUGUCUUGGCAGAGUUACGGUUACGUGGUAGGGGAGCAUUUCUCAAAAUCUUGUCAGUCAUUUUAGAAGUUCUAUUGAAACGUAAAAAUUGCAUCAAAUGAAUAAAUUAGGCUACAAAAAAAAAAGAAAAAGAAAAAAAAAAAAAACAGAAAAGAAACAAAAAAAAAAAAA